CCAAAAUCCGCUGCUCAUCCUCGACUACACUGUCUUCGUCUUCCUGCGAUUCACCCUGGACUAAAUGGAAUCCCCGGAGGCAGUACCAACAGGCAAAAGAUGCAAUCAGGAUAGCCGUGAACUAUUAGUGUGCCAGACAACAGAGGAGCUCAAGACAUGGAAGCUGAACGAACGGCAGAAACAGUUAGUUGAUUCCAGUGGGCUCGGCAAUCUAAUACACACGGCAGAUCUGAUCAUUGACCGCGCUGUGCUCAGGGUAUUCUGCGAGCUGUGGAGCAAAGAAACAAACACAGCAAGGUUCCAUGACUUUGAAAUGGCGCCAUCACUCAGGGACACUGCCUACAUACUGGGGAUUCCAGUGAUAGGCCGUGUAGUGACCACCGGUGCUGUGCUCAACAUGUCGUCAGAACAGCUUUUCUUGCAAUACUUGGGUCAAGUUCCUGGUUCCGCCCACUGCAGGGGUAGUCGUGUGAAGCUCACUUGGUUACUCUCCAAGUUUAGCCAGCUCUCGGAGCAUCCCACUGAUGAAGAAAUUGUGUACAGCACAAGAGCUUAUCUAUUGUACUUGAUUGGAGCAACUCUGUUUUCGGAAAAAGAGAGGGGCUACGUCUCCCCAAAGUACUUGCCACUGUUGUCGGACUUCGAGGAAAUACGAGGAUACGCAUGGGGCGCUGCUGCUCUUGCUCACCUUUACAGGGCUCUCUCUACAGCGAUGUCGACCUCCAGAAAAAAGCUAUUCGGCAGCGCCACUCUGCUCAUGGGAUGGAUAUAUGAGUAUAUUCCAGCAAUGCGCCCUGUUUACGAUGGUGCUCCAGCACACGCCUUCCCACGAGUGUGCAGGUGGGCACGGCACACAGUCACCCACCCGGCAAAGGAAGUUUCAGAUAUCAGAAAAGCUUUCAGUCAUCUACGGCGUAUGGAUGUCAACUGGGAACCUUACAAGGACAUGGAUCCUGCAUCCAUUCCCAACAUCUGUGCUGCACCUGAUAAAGUCUGCUGCUCCAGAACAUGGCUGAUCAACUUUAACGUGAGGGAAGUAUAUGUCCCAGAUCGGUUUGCUUGUCAGUUUGGUCAAGAACAGUAUCGGCUCAAUGAUGUUUGUGGGCUCCAACGACAUCAGUGGAAUGCAUCAGUGGAUUGGAGCCUCGAGUAUGCAUCGGAGAUCAAACAUUUCGAGCAAUUGAUCUGUGCAACUCGCCACGAUCAUACAACAGUUCCCGCUACUUGUACUACUACUGAAGGUGUUUUCACCGCAGCGAGCAUGUCACGGGAAUUUCAUUAUCUCGAUCUGCAGAAAGUGGUGGAGAGUAUCAAGGAGGAGUUUGGAACCAUAAUGCGAUUUCUCGAGCCACAGUCAUUUCGCAGCGAGGUAGCAACGUCGUUUGCUCGGAUCCGUGAACUACUCGAGGCUGCUCACUUGAAGGAAGGCAAUGCCGAUUCUCGAGGUGGUGGGACCUCAGAGCCUGUGUUGACUACACCACACCCUCCUGUCAUACCAGCCUGCAAACAAGCGGCCACUGGCAGAACAGAUGACGAAACAACGGUGGCCCAGGCUGUGGAGCCUGUGCCUGAUGAAGGGAUGCAGAACGGCAGUGAUCAACCUGCGCCACAAUGCCGUGACACGCCGAGGGAGCAGGAUGUGGCGGACGUGUCUGGCACGCUUGGGGAAGAGGGGGCAGUUGAAUGGAGAGAGAGCAGCGAGGAGGAGGACAAUGCUCGGAUCCGUGACCUACGCGAGGCAUCUUCUUUGAGAAUGGAUCCUGGGAGGCGCAUUAACAUUUAUAGAAGAAGAGCCAAGAAUGGCAACGUUACAACGCCGAUAACGGCAUCACGGCAACAAGGGGUGCACACUCCCCAAACAAAAGCCUACUCUCCCGGCAUCCACCACUCAGGCGUUGGCUCCCGGAAGCCGAACGCCUCUCCUCUCAGUCACGCCCGUCUCCGGUUUUCGGCUUCUCACUUGACUGAAGGCAAUGUCGCCGUCGAUUCUCGAGGUGAGGUGAGCUCACGACCUGAGUUGACUGCACCACACCCUCCUGCCAUACUGGCGGGCAAACAAGGGGCCGCUGGCACAACGGGUAGCCCAGCGAUGGCCCAAGCUCCGGAGCCUGUGCCUGAUGAAAGGACGCAGAACUGCAGCGAUCAACCCGUUCUGGAAUGCUGUGACAUCCCGAGGGACAUGUCUGGCACGCCUGGGGAAGAGGAGGCAGUCGAAUGGAGGCUGAGCAAGUGCAGCGAGGCGGAGGAUGGUCGGAACCGUGAGCUGCUCAAAGCCUCCCACUUGAAGGAAGGCAAUGUGGCCGUUGAUGCUCAAGGUGGGGGGACCUCACAACGUGAGUUGACUGCACCACACCCUCCUGUCAUACCAGCGUGCGAACAAGCAGCCACCGACACAACAGGUAGCCCAGCGACGGAGCAUGUGCCUGAUGAAGCGAUGCAGACCAGCAGCGAUCAUCCUACGCCGGCAAGUUGUGGCACGCCGAGGGAGGAGGAGGUGGGGGGCGCUUCUGGCACACCUGGAGAAGAGGAUGUGGGAGACGCUUCUGGCACGCCUGGGGAACAGGAGGCACCGGAAGGGAGCGAGAGCAGCGAGGAGGAUGAGGAUGAGAGAGGCCACCAAGGGCGGAAGCGACCGCGACGUUAUGCUGAGGGACGAGGCGGCGGGCUCCGAAGGAGCAACCGACGCUGCGUGCAGGUCAAGAGGUUCAAGCACCAAGGUGGUAAAGGGUCCGUGGCCUCUGACCCCAUCGUGCUGUGA